AUGAAUGUAUCAUUUUGUUUGCAGAAAAAUAGAGAAAAUAACCGGAAGACAAAAGUCAAAAGCAAGAAGCCGAAAUUUCGAAAAACUCUGGAAGAAGCAUUGCUUCUGUACUUUCAAAAGGGUGCCAGAAAAUAUCAAUUUUCCUGUAUGUCGACUGCGCACUCCGGAAAAAUGCAACUGAGAAUGAGGAAGGAAAAAAGUUCUGGAAUAGUGGACGGAAGUGUUAAGUUCGCGGAUUUCGAAAAAAAAAAUGUUCAGUCGAUAACUUGUGUCAGAGUUACUUCGAAACAACAAUCAACAUCAUCUUCUGCUCAUCGUCAUCGACUGAGGCAAAAAUGGUCAAAACGAGAAGCUCCGAUGCCGUUUCAGCCAGUUCGACAACAGCGGAAGAGAAUAAUAUAA